AUGGGCCGACGUGAAACAGCGUCGCCCUUCCCACCGCGGGAGGCGAAGAAGACGCGCUCAUCUCUAGCGGUGCGGCUACAGAAGGAGCAAAAGUUUCCACGUACGCUCUCUAAAUCGGCUCUUCGUCGUCAGAAGCAACGUGCGAAGGAGCAGUUGGCAGGCAAUCAAGAGGGUAUGCAGGCCCUCACAGAGAUGGUCACCUCGAUGGAAGAGGCCAUGGAAGAUUCGCCAUCGCAAGCCAGCUCGCAUCCGCGACUACCGCAUGUCCCUUCCGGGACCACAGCCAAAUCACGCCGAGCGAUGUUGACACGAGAACGACAACGCCAGCCUUUCAUUCUGGCCGACUUACAAAAAAGUGACAACCCCUUCGCAGCGCUACGUACGCAUGCACGCAAUACACUGGAGCUGGCCGCACGCCCAGCUACAGGCGCUGCUGCUGAGACGGACGAAACGAUGGGGUAG